CGCGGCUCUCUGGAGGGGCUCCCAGCAGCCCCCGCGCGGUCGUUCAGGCCGCUCUUCGCCGUCGCCCUCCGCGUCGUAGCUGCCGCCGCCCGACCCGGGGACCGAGAAGCCGGUGGUGUCCGCGCCUCCCCGAGAGCCCGCAGCCAGCAUGGAGGGGCCUCUGUCCGUGUUCGGGGACCGCAGCACCGGGGAGGCGAUCCGCUCGCAGAACGUCAUGGCCGCAGCGUCCAUCGCCAACAUCGUCAAGAGCUCCCUCGGCCCGGUCGGUUUGGAUAAGAUGCUGGUGGAUGACAUUGGUGAUGUGACCAUCACCAACGACGGGGCGACCAUCCUGAAGCUGCUGGAAGUGGAGCACCCCGCAGCCAAAGUGCUCUGCGAGCUGGCGGAGCUGCAGGACAAAGAAGUGGGGGACGGAACGACCUCUGUGGUCAUAAUUGCGGCCGAGCUCCUCAAAAACGCAGACGAGCUGGUCAAGCAGAAGAUCCACCCCACAUCGGUCAUCAGUGGCUACCGACUGGCAUGCAAGGAAGCGGUGCGUUACAUCACAGAAAACCUCAUCAUCAACACAGAUGAGCUGGGGAAGGAUUGUCUGAUCAACGCUGCCAAGACAUCCAUGUCAUCCAAGAUUAUUGGGAUAAACAGUGAUUUCUUUGCUAACAUGGUUGUGGAUGCUGUGCUCGCCAUCAAGUACACAGACACGAGGGGCCAGCCGCACUACCCAGUGAGCUCUAUAAACAUUCUGAAGGCUCACGGGAGGAGCCAGUCGGAGAGCUUGCUCGUCAACGGCUAUGCGCUCAACUGCGUGGUGGGCUCGCAGGGCAUGCCCAAGAGGAUAGUCAACGCGAAAAUUGCCUGCCUCGAUUUCAGCCUCCAGAAGACAAAGAUGAAGCUUGGUGUGCAGGUGGUUAUCACAGACCCUGAGAAGCUGGACCAAAUCAGACAGAGAGAGUCAGAUAUCACCAAGGAGCGGAUUCAGAAGAUCCUGGCGACCGGCGCCAACGUGAUUCUCACCACUGGUGGGAUCGACGACAUGUGUCUCAAGUAUUUUGUGGACACUGGCGCCAUGGCAGUCAGGAGAGUCUUGAAGAAGGACCUGAAGCGCAUCGCUAAGGCUUCUGGAGCCAUUAUCCUGUCAACACUGGCCAACCUGGAAGGGGAAGAAACUUUUGACGUCUCCAUGUUGGGACAAGCAGAAGAAGUGGUCCAGGAGAGGAUCUGUGAUGACGAGCUGAUCUUGAUCAAAAACACGAAGGCUCGUACCUCCGCGUCCAUCAUCCUGCGUGGGGCCAACGACUUCAUGUGUGACGAGAUGGAGCGCUCUCUGCACGAUGCCCUGUGUGUGGUGAGGCGAGUUCUGGAGUCCAAGUCUGUGGUGCCCGGCGGUGGGGCCGUGGAAGCAGCCCUGUCCAUCUACCUCGAGAACUACGCGACCAGCAUGGGCUCCCGGGAACAGCUGGCCAUUGCAGAGUUUGCCAGGUCUCUGCUCGUCAUUCCCAACACCCUGGCAGUCAACGCUGCCCAGGACUCCACAGACCUGGUUGCAAAGUUGAGAGCUUUUCACAAUGAGGCUCAAGUUAACCCAGAACGCAAAAACCUGAAAUGGAUUGGUCUUGAUUUGGUCAACGGUAAACCCCGAGACAACAAGCAGGCAGGGGUGUUUGAACCCACGGUAGUCAAAGUCAAGAGCUUGAAGUUCGCCACAGAGGCCGCCAUCACCAUCCUCCGCAUCGACGACCUCAUUAAGCUGCACCCCGAGAGCAAAGACGACAAGCGUGGGGGCUACGAGAACGCCAUGCAUUCGGGGGCCCUGGAUGACUGACUUCCUUUCUAGCAAUGUUACAGACACACAGUUGACCUGUUCCUGCAGUUACAUUAAACACGAGUUGACACA